CCAACACCGCUCUAAUUCACACAAUUCCUGAGCUUUCUGAACAUCAUCAUCAAAGCUAGACAAGCUCCAAUUUCUUUUUGUCUACUUCAACCUCAAAACGUUCCUCCCCAUCUCCAGGACUCAAGCCCCCUCUCUCAAAUGCCGCUCGGUCAAUGAAGGACCUCUCCUUCUUCCUCCUCAAGAACUACCUCGGUGCCAAGAUGAAGAAAGGCGUGGGGACCUUCUGCCACGGCGACACCUCCACCUCGAUCCUCAGCCAAGGCAGGAACGACCGCACCGCCCCCAAGGAGCCCUUGAUCAUCGGUUCCCCGAGCCUGGUCGGCGGGGACGGGCACACGCUGGAGGAGAUGAUACUGCAGCUGGAGCUGGAGGAAGAGAUCGCCCGGAGGGCGAAGCUGGACGCGCCCCAGAGGAGGAUGUCCUGCGUGAACAACUCUGACAUCUUGCGGUGCGCCAGGAACGCGCUGAACCAGUACCCGCGAUUCUCCCUCGAUGGGAAGGACGCCAUGUACCGGUCCUCGUUCCGGAACUCGGAGUGCCCCGAGGGGAGAUUGCCGGCCAGGAGGUCGGUCUGCUGCGACUGGGACCUCGGGGGCGGGCCACGCGACAGGUCCCGGAACGACGCCAGGUACGAGAGGCCGAGCCUCUUGCCGCCGAUCCUGGCAGGGGAGAGGGUGAUCUGGUGCAAGCCAGGGGUGGUGGCCAAGCUGAUGGGCCUAGAGGCCAUGCCGGUGCCGGUGAGGAGGAAAGCGAGUAAAGAGAAGUUGAGCUUCAUGAGGAGGAGAGAAGAGAGACAGAUUAGUACGGACCUGAAGCAUGAUGGUGAUGAAAUUUGCCGGAGGAUAAGGGGUGGCUCAUGCUCUAAGACGUCCGGGUACUGUGUGAUGAAGCCGAUCGCGGUGGAGCCGCUGGAUGUGAGCCGGGGCGCUUCCGCCGCGGACUGGCCGACGAGACGUUAUAGCUAAGAACGUUUGUAUGUCGGAUGGACUGGUAGCGAAUCGCGACGCAGAAACUAUGUAAGGGGUCGUUUUUAUAAGGUCCUAUAUGGAAUGUUACAGUUUUCUGAAAUGGGGAUCGAUUUGAUCUAA